AUUAGGAUUAUGUGAUAGAAUGCAUUUGUGCUCUAUUUUCACCUAUGUUAACUUCCAUUAGUUAUGACUUUAGUGAUUUAUACCCUUUUCAUGAGAGAGCAACAUUGAAUGCCAAGAGUCUAAAUAGUGUACCAUUUUUAUACACUGAUUACUUAUGUUUUGUCGCAAAAUAUCAGAAACAUAAGCCUUGUUUGGGUAGUGGCACUACACGUUCAAAAUAGCCACUUUGUCAUUGGACAGAGCCACAAAAUAAUUGAAACAAAGACUGCAAUAAUAUAUAAACUCUGAACAAUUUUAUAAUGCACUGUUGAUUAAGAAGAUUCAUCAACGUAGCUUAAUGAAACUUAGCUUCGACUAUCACAAUUCUAUCAUUAAAACUAGGACUUCUAUAAAGAAAGAAUGUUCUGCAUUAAACUGGUAUCUGAGCAUUUCCACUGCUGUUUUGUUUUUUAAAUAUUUCCAGUAGUGCUUAUGAUGUCAUGCCCCACUUUCAUUUACAUCUAAGGGAGGCUACCUAGUUGGACUAGGAAGGAGAUCAUGAUGGCCACAAGGAUGUUGAGCACAUAUUUGCUAUUCUGCCUAGUGUCUGCAUUCUUAAUUUCCUCUGUAGCUGAGGGUCACACAGAGGAGACUCAUCAAGCAAAUAUUCGUCUUGAUAAGAGCCUAGUACAAGACAAAGACCACAUCAUGGAACACUUAGAAGGUGUAAUUGACAAACCAGAAUCUGAGAUGUCCCCACAGGAGUUACAGCUCCAUUACUUCAAAAUGCACGAUUAUGAUGGCAAUAAUUUGCUUGAUGGGUUAGAACUUGCCACUGCUAUAUCACAUGUACAUAAAGAGGAAGGUGGUGAACAUUCCCAGGCAAUGAAAGAAGAAGAGCUAAUUAGUCUAAUUGAUGAUGUCUUACGAGAUGAUGACAAAAAUAAUGAUGGAUACAUUGAUUAUGCUGAAUUUGCAAAAUCACUGGAAUAAGUUUUUUUUAAAAUUUCUUCUAGUUGUAUGCAAAUGUGACCCACUAUAAUGUGAUUUUACUGUUUAUUAUAAACUAAUUGUACAAACCACUGUGCUACAAUAUUCAUGGUAGGAAAAUGUUCUGAUUCCACUCUAAUUCCGUAGGUUGAAAUGAGUGUUAGGGAGGAACACUACAUAAAUCAGUGUUGGAGUCGCACUUGACUAAAAGUAACAUGCUAUCUCAAUCUUGAAAGUGCCAAUAUGAAAAACUGCUUAUAAUAUAUGCUUCAGCCUCAGUUGGUAAACUAUUUUACUUUCCUAGUAUAAGGAUAGAGAGGAAAGUAAACUGUAUUUUCCUGUCAUUUUAAAAAUCAUAAUUAUAAAAUUCCAGGAAAGCAAAAAAAGUGAACAUGUGACUGUAGUACUCCUUUACAAGAAAAAAAUCUUCCUAAUUCCACAUCAAACAUGCAAGUUAUAUUUUAGGAAAAUUCUAUAUAAAUACAAAAAUUCAAGACAUAAAAAUUGUCAGAUAAAACAAGAUUGUUGAAUAUGGUUUAUGCUUGAACUUUCAAUGAUACUCUAUGGAGUUCAAUUCUUUGCAAAACCAAAUACAUCAUUUACUGGCAUAGCCAUUUAUAUUUUUUUCAGUUUCCUUCUAUAGGUAAUACUUUACUGGACUCUUCUCUACUGUAAGUGGUUUCUAAUUUAAAAAAGACCCUUAUUUUCUUAAUGCUGCAUAGUAUUUAAUAGAACACUUUCUGAAAACUCAAUUUGAAGUUCAUGUUCUCAAACUUGUUUAAUGUAAUCUGUUUAGUCUUUUUCUAAAGACUGCUCUUAUGUUAUAGUAUUAUUUAGCACAACAGUAUAAUCUAAGGUAAUACUGCCUUGUUAAGUUUUAUAUUGAUUUAUCUUGACACUUAAAUUAUGGUGUUAUUUUUAGACAAAUACAAAGUAUUUCAUUACUAAUACUUUAAAGAGUUUAAAGAUACUUGAAUUAUCUGCUUAUGAAAGUGGCCAGAGUAUUUUCAAUGUUUUGGUUCAACAAGACUCAAGCAGACUUAAGUAUAGAAAUGAUGUGCUGCUGCUUUUUAUGACACAAUCUUAAGUGUAGCUUAAAAAACUUAGUGCAUCAAGCCAUCAGAUUCAUGAUACAGAAUCUAAAUUGAGCUUUUCUGUAAAGAUAUUUUCUGUAUAAAACUAUUCUUAUGAGGAAAAAUGUAUUUGUAAAGUUUCCUGUUUAAACAUUUGUGCAAUGAAAACUGAGUCAGUAUUGUAAUAUCCAUAUUUUGACAGAUUUGUAUAAUGGCUUAUGCAGGAUCUAACAAGCAAUAAAAUUUUGAAGCUGAU